AAAUGUCAGCUAAAACACAUACAAUUAGGUAACCACCGACCUUUCAAUUGCUCCUUAAGGUUUGUACUGCAUGGCCCAAGAGACUAAGUUGUUGGCCUGAACGGUGGGGACAAUUUUCAAUCAGUUUCAGGCUUUCAGCCCUACUUUCUCCGGAUGGCGACUCAAAGUGAAUAUUAUCGUCAGCACUGUGCUCACUGAGGUUAUAUAUUUCGAUGCAUUGGCUUCAAUCCAGCACUCAACUGAACUGAGCAGGCUUACUACUGGGUGUCUAUGUAACUGAGUUUGCAGCGUCCGCGGAUUCAGACUUCAAGUUACGGCCGAAUCUCUACUAUGCAAUCCUCUCCAAUGCUCCAAUCACCCCUAGGCCUACUGCAGUCCGCGAAUAUGUCGCUCAAACUGAAUGCAUUCAUGUUGGUUCAAGAGGGUGAACUUUCGUCCUGCCAAACCGCGGACCGCCUCUCCGGUCAUCCGUUGGCAAGUUUAGCACAAACAGACAACAUGAUCAAUAACUACCAUGACUUGUGUUAUCGUGGUUGAACACUCUGCGCUGCAUGACAACGGUAUUCACCGUCAUGUGUCCGUCGAGCUUGAUCUCUUGGGGCGCACUCCAAACGCACUCAAAUAUUCGCCAUGGUCAACAUACUUGUCCUCCUGAACGUCAACAGCGAUGAAGUCACGCCCUGUACACCUCGCAGUUUCCUUGCUACUUCUGUCCAUCUCGGCCAUAGCAGCCAUCGACAGACAUGCAUUGGUCUCUCGCUUUAACCCGACGCGAAAUGCGUCGAAUCCAAUAACACCAAUGCAGGUUGGAAAUGGAGCUUUCGCCUUCGGUGCAGACGUGACUGGACUUCAGACAUUCCUGCCAUUCGCGAUCAUGUCUUCUUGGGGAUGGAAAAAUGACAGCCUGCCUCCAGGGAAGACUAUAGAAGACGUGGAGAAUUAUAAAGGCGUAAGUUGGGAUUCUCAUGGCCGUCUCGUCCAAUACGAGUUCGGCGGGGAAGCUUCGGUGCAGCAGUGGUUGAUCUCGAACCCAAAUCGCGUGAAUCUGGGACGUGUUGGAUUUCUUUUCUUCGAUGCUCGAGGGGAAGUGCUAAACAUCACGGAGCAGGAUUUGACCAAUGUACAGCAAGAAUUGGAUCUUUGGACCGGGACCAUAACCAGCUCUUUCACGUUCCAAGGCGAGAACGUAAUUGUGCAGACAUAUUCCGCCCAGAGCACCAGCACGAUCGGAAUAAAGAUCGACUCACCGCUGGUGAAGAGUGGACGAAUGGGCAUAUUUCUUGACUUCCCUUGGAAUGAUGGAUCUGCGAAGUUCUCUGCCCCAUUCGUAGGUGUAUUCAGUGCCACGAGUAACCAUACCAGUGUUUUGCGUACCGGUGGCGGCUUGGGACGAAACGUCGAGGCGGAGAUAUCACAUUCACUCGUCAACUCCACGUUCAUCACUUCUAUCGGUGGCGACAAAUUCACGAUCUCCCGCAACUCUCAUGCCGCACAUCGUUACACGUUACGUCCGACAGGGAACGGGCCGUCCCUGUCUCUCUCUAUCGCAUAUUCAUUAGAUAGUCCCAAGUCAGUCCUUCCAUUUAAGAGUGUCGCAAACGAGUCCAAGAGCCUUUGGGCAAAGUAUUGGUCCGCCAGUGGAUUUAUCGACGUCUUGACGGGCUCUACGGAUAUCAGGGCUCAUGAACUUCAGAGACGCAUCAUUUUGUCGCGUUACUUGAUGCGCGUGAACGAAGCUGGUGAUACGCCACCACAGGAGUCAGGACUCGUCAAUAAUGGCUGGUAUGGGAAGUUCCAUAUGGAGAUGGUCUUCUGGCACCUAGCCCAUUGGGCACUGUGGAACAACUGGGAUCUCCUCGAUCGUCCUAUCAGCGUGUACGCCCUAUUUCUCACUAGUUCUAUUCAACGUGCGCAACUGCAAGAAAGGUAUCACUCUGGUGCUCGCUGGUCCAAGAUGACAGAUCCAUCAGGUCGUUCUGCACCUGGCGAGAUCAACGAGCUAUUGAUCUGGCAACAGCCUCACCCACUGGUAUUCGCGGAAUACGAAUAUCGUGCCAAGAAGUCGAAAGCUACUUUGCUCAAGUGGCUGAACGUCGUCAACGAGACUGCGAACUGGAUGGCCGAUUUUGCGUGGUUCAAUGCUAGUACGGAAUUAUAUGACCUAGGUCCUCCGAUGUACGUUGUGAGCGAAGAUACGAGUCCGAACGUCACCCGAAACCCUGCUUUCGAGUUGGCAUAUUGGCGGCAUGGAUUGGAUUUAGCUGAGACGUGGAUGGAACGUCUCCAGGCGCCCAUCCCAAAGGUUUGGACUGAGGUCAGACAGAAUCUAGCUCCCGUCCCUAUUGAAAACGGGCUUUACGCUGUGUAUGAAGGUCUGGAGGAUACCUUCUGGACGGACCCUGCGUAUAUCAACGAUCAUCCAUCCCUCGUAGGCCUUCACGGAUGGUUGCCUCCAAUAACUAAUGUCAGUUCGGAGAUAGCCAAGGCAACAGCGGAUAAGGUUUACACCAGUUGGAAUAUCAGCAAUUGCUGGGGGUUAGCUUCGGACUCCACGGCUUCAAGCGCUCUAACAGCUGAUAAUCUGUUUGAAUAGGUGGGACUUCCCAAUGCUAGCUAUGUCUGCAGCACGAAAUGGCGAGCAAGAUAAAGCUGUCGACUGGUUGUUGCAUCCGUUGUUCGAGUUCGAUGACAUUGGUAUGCCCAUUGGGGGUGUCCGUGUGCCAACGCCAUACUUCCCUGGCUCCGGCGCCCUGCUGUACGCAGUAGCGAUGAUGGCCGCUGGCUGGGAUGGGAGUAACACGGCUGCGCCUGGCUUCCCGACUUCAGAGAACGGGUGGAAUGUUAGGGUGGAGGGAAUUCAUCGAGCCAUGUGAUGGGAUGUAUCCGUCGAAUGCGGUACGUUGAACUGAACAAUUUCAAUUUCUUUCUGUUUGGUACAUGCUUCAGUGGAGCUUUCCCUAGAAUCAUCCAUUCAUUUUUCACGGAGAUGAAAGGACUUCUAUUCAUACGGUUGCAGUCAAACCCCAGAUCGUUCUCCCUUCUUUGUUUGGCUCUCGGUUCUUGAAGUUUCUUGGACACAAAAGGCUGUCCACUUGAGGCAAGUUUCGACACAUGCACAAAGAAAACACUCUUUCCUUCCUGGGAACCCUUGAUGUAUUGGUCAUUCUCGGUGACUUAAAUUCUCCGGCUGUGGCGUCAAUGUGUGAACUUUUACUGUGAGCCC